CCUUUCUGUGUGCUGAUCAUCCUGAAUUGACCCAAAGUGGUUUGAGCCGGAUGAGGCCUCGCCGAUCGCUUGUCUUGUAAUUGGCGACAGGUUAAGUCGUUUGUUUUUGGCCCGGAGUGACUAAUGGUUUGUCAAUCCCUCCCAACCAGACAGCUUGAAUGACAUUCUUCCAGGUGAGUCUGGUCGUCCCCAGCGAGACGACCUUCAUGCCUCGCCCUGCUCGCCCUCCUCUCCGGCCGCGAUGUCUCCAACCUCAGAAACAUCUUAAUGAAUCGGCUGCCUCCUCAUUUGUGAAUUGCUUUCUCCAUUCAAGUGGCGAUAAUUACUGCGACGCUCGCUGAGCUGAGCCGAGGUUUCUCAGCUGAAAGAAUGAAGGUUUGUGUGCGUCAGAGCGCCGAGGGACCAAUGGGUGACGGCCGCCUGUGACCCCGGGGCCGACGGGGGGGAGGACGGAGGGCAGCCCAUUUUAAAAAGGUCAGAGGCGACGAAAUUUAGAGAAGAUUCAGCAGUUAGACGGCAACACAAGAUGAGACCUUCUCUCCAUCUCGGUGCCUCGCAGCUCACCCUCCUCUCCCUCGCCCUUCUCUGCUCCGUCCCGUGGACCGUCACGUCGUACCCACGCUCCCCUGCUGCGCUCCUGCCCACGGUGGAUGUACCUGACCUGGAGUCUGUCCUGCUGCACCUCCAGGCUGCUCUGGAUGACCGGAGGAACGGUUGGCUCGUCCAGCCCGACGCCCGGGCCAAGUGGCCUCGGGACCCCCAGCUGGAGCCCGGGGAGAGGGAGGAAGACGAGGAGGACGAGGAGGAGGAGGGCAGGCUCUGGGAAGACAAUGUGCUGCUGAGGGCCCAGAGAGGAGACCUGGCGGCCCGACCUCUGUCGCCCUUCCCUGAGGGCCACUUUCCAGAGGGCAUGCACUACCAGGAGGGAGGAGAGGGGGCGGUUGUGGGGAAGAAGAACGAAGCUCUGACCUCCAUCGCUGGAGGACUCCAGGCUGUCAGCCGGGAGAAGGGAGGAUUCGGUUUCCGCUUCGGGAGGAAACGAUGGACUGACGGCAGAAGGAUGGAUGUAGGUGGGGGGAGCACAGAGGAGAGAGGAGUCUGAUGGUGAAGCUGCGCGGAGGUGAAUCAGUUAAGAAGCCAGAUGAGGGCAGUGAUACACUCAGCUAUUUUUCUCAGCAACUAAGAUGGCUUCAAGCAACAGGCGACGCGCGGACAUGCAGAGUAUUUAAAUGAUUCAUAGCGACCAAACGUUGCUGGAAAAGUUGCCCAGUGGAUCACAGCAUGUGAAGAAACAAAAUCACCAUCACUCACAUUUAAAUGCAUUAAAGGAACAGUUCACCUGAAAAUGUAAAUUCAGACAACUGAAGAUGCUGUGGACUAAAAAACAACCCAAAAAUAAUAUAUCAAAUGUCUCCAUACAGCUCGUCCGGUGUGAUCCAAGUCCCCUGAAGCCCCGAGAUCACAAAGUGAUUUGAAAAUAUUUAAUGUGUGGUCAAGAUGGUUCACCCUCACCAUUUUUAAAUCUUUUUUGGGAUUGCAGGACUUCCAGAGACUUGGAUUACGCUGGAUGAGCUGUAUGAAGCAUUUUAAAAACAUUUCAAAAGGAGCCUCCAAGCGUCUGGUGUUUUGUGGACUAGGAAACUUUCCAUCAGCAUUGAGGAGAGGAGACACGGAGUGAGUGUACCUUUUUUUUGGCCGAACUGUUCCUUUAAAUCCUCCAUGUUUGCCUCUCAGUCAGAAAACAACAAGAGCUGUAUUUCUUAGUGACUGAACGCACAGAAAGACAGAAUAAACAUUCAAAACUUCUGUAAAUGUUAAAGUGUCAAAUCCAAAAUCUGACAGUGUAAAAAUGAAUGUACAUAAAUAUAUAUGGAGCAUUUGUAAAUGUGUGAAUUUGUGUGCUUGAAUAUAAGCAGUGAAUAAAGAGCUGGAGGUGCAGACUGUAACAAUAAACUCUCAACACAGA